AUGGACCAACUUCACCUUACUCACUCUUUGGCCGACGCUUUCAACGCUCUUGCUGACGAGGUUCAGAUCCUGGCUGAUCGAAAGACCGUCCUCGAGCACAAGCUACGCUUUGCCCAUGAGCAGUUUCAAUAUUUGGCGGACAAAUAUGCCGCUGGAACGCCAGAAAUAGCGGAAACGCUGGCCAAACUACAGCUCCCACCGCACACUUCCGUCGACGACACUUCGCCCGUUCCCCUUCCGCAGCGACGCUCCACUCCCCAGCCUCUACACCAGAUUGCUGUCAUCAUCCGUGACGGACGCCGAAUGGCCAGCAAACUAGUUGCACUGAGUUCUUCGAGCAAGACCACCGGCUCUAGCCGAGAGACACUCUCCCGCACUUCUCAAGACGAGACCUCCAUGUCCACCGCCUUGGAACAGGACUUCACAGUCGAAGGGAAGAAGGGCAAUCUGCAAUGCCCCUUCUCCAAACGGGUGUCGGUCAGCGGCACAAAUGAUGGCGAGAGCAGACCGAGUGUUGACCACACGCCUCACAGCUCUGCCGACCCCAUUUGUGCUGCCAUGUUCGAGGAGGCCACUUCACAGCCUGCCCCGAAUGGCACCUCCUCCAAGUGCCCAAUCCGCUUCAUGGACAAGCAUUCGCCCGAAGAGAUUGCACACUAUGUGGAGACCCACAAGCAUGAGCUACCGCGCAGUCAUGAGGUGUGCUUGCGUCGAUAUCAACGCAACGAAACACAGAUCAAAAAGCUUGACUCCAAGUAUGGCAACAUUGUGAGCAUGAUUGAGGGGCUCAGCCAGCUACAUCAACCCAUGCUCCCGGAGUCGGAGGAGCAGUUGCAACAACGCGACGCAGGAGAUGGCGAUUCCAACGUCCGAGUCGAAACCUGGGCACAGGCUGUGAGCGGCACCGCCGAAUCCGAUGCCAGCGAAGAAUUGCCCCCACUAGAUGAAGACCGCCAGAGCCACUUUGAUCGCCCACUAAAGGAAGUUCGCGUUGGAGAGUCACCCAGUCGGCCAUGGGGUAUCUCAGUGCCCAUCUACGAGCUUUCAGGUCACGAAGAUGAACAUCCUCUUUCGCCGCCGCCAGCGCCUGUCAGGAUGUCGACCGCUGUUCAUGACCAUGUACCACCAGCUGCCACGAAUGGAGCUGGUAAAUGUCCCUUUGAUCAUACAAAAUUUUCCGCCGGCUUUGCUGGACCACCGCCAUCUACCCCAAAACCUGAGGAAAAGCCCAGUGAACCGGUACAAGGUCUUGGGCUCGGGGACACGCCUUUCACCAACUUGAAAGAGGCACCACCUACCACCACAGGGCCUCCACCCCAACCAACCUUUAUCAACCCAGCCUCCACGCAUGCUGAGGAUAGUAGGGGGCCGCAGAUGGUCUUCACCGGGCCAGUCUUCAUUGGAUAUCCCAUGGACCAGGCUAUUGAAUUUAUGAACCGCUAUCGAGGACCUCAGUGA